AUUUCCGCUGCAUUCUGGGAAAAAUCUCGGCUACAUUUGUUUAUGUAUGGAAUUUUUAUUCACCCCCAAAAUGUCCAUAGAGCCAUUAUUUAUAUAAACCUGACGUAGGCAAAUUGCAAUACGACCUGCCGUCACCGCCAUGGACUCCAAUGAAGGUCUCAGUGGAGCCACACCCACUGAAGAAAUGAACGGUGCAGGGAACCUGAUGGACUUCUUGGACGAACCUUUCCCUGACGUGGGGACCUAUGAAGACUUUCACACCAUUGACUGGCUGCGAGAGAAAUCCAGGGAUACAGAUCGACACCGAAAGAUCACCAGUAAGAGUAAGGAGUCACUUUGGGAGCUGAUAAAAAGUCUGUUGGAUGCCUGGUCAGGAUGGGUUGUGAUGCUGCUCAUCGGUCUGCUCUCAGGGACACUGGCAGGUGUCAUUGACCUGGCUGUGGACUGGAUGACUGACCUGAAGGAGGGGGUGUGCCUUUCAGCGUUCUGGUACAGUCACGAACAAUGCUGCUGGACGUCCAAUGAGACCACGUUUGAUGACCGGGACAAAUGCCCACAAUGGCAAAAAUGGGCAGAGCUGAUGACAGGUCACACUGAGGGUGCAGGCGCAUACCUACUGAACUAUUUCCUGUACGUCCUUUGGGCUCUGCUGUUUUCCUUUCUGGCUGUGUCACUGGUUCGAGUCUUUGCUCCGUACGCAUGUGGAUCAGGGAUCCCUGAGAUCAAGACCAUCUUGAGCGGCUUUAUCAUCCGAGGCUACCUGGGCAAGUGGACGCUUCUAAUCAAGACCGUCACACUGGUUUUGGCUGUGUCAUCUGGCCUCAGUCUCGGAAAGGAGGGGCCACUGGUCCACGUAGCAUGUUGCUGUGGCAACCUUUUCUGCAGUCUCUUCUCCAAGUACAGCAAGAACGAGGGGAAGCGCAGAGAGGUCUUGUCAGCUGCAGCAGCUGCUGGAGUUUCAGUUGCCUUUGGAGCACCCAUUGGAGGAGUUCUGUUCAGUUUGGAGGAGGUCAGCUACUACUUUCCUCUGAAGACUCUGUGGCGUUCCUUCUUUGCAGCACUUGUUGCUGCCUUCACACUUCGCUCCAUCAACCCAUUUGGAAACAGCCGCCUAGUUCUUUUCUACGUGGAGUACCACACUCCCUGGUACAUGGCAGAGCUGGUGCCUUUCAUCCUGCUUGGUGUGUUUGGUGGCCUCUGGGGGACACUGUUCAUCCGCGCUAACAUUGCCUGGUGUCGCCGCCGGAAGACCACACAGCUGGGGAAGUACCCAGUCCUUGAGGUCAUUGCAGUGACUGGGAUUACUGCAGUUCUGGCAUUCCCCAACCCAUACACCAGACGCAGUACCAGUGAGCUGAUCUCCGAAUUGUUCAAUGACUGUGGUGCACUUGAAUCUUCUCAAUUAUGUGACUACAUCAACAACCCCAACAUGAGCCGGCCCGUUGAUGACAUCCCGGAUCGGCCUGCUGGUCCAGGUGUCUACAAUGCUCUGUGGCAGCUGGCUCUUGCGCUCAUCUUCAAAAUCGUUAUCACAAUCUUCACGUUCGGCAUGAAGAUACCCUCAGGUCUCUUUAUACCAAGCAUGGCGGUGGGUGCCAUCGCAGGUCGGAUCGUGGGCAUUGCCGUUGAGCAGAUGGCAUAUCACCACCAUGACUGGAUCAUCUUCAAGAACUGGUGCCGACCUGGUGCAGAUUGUGUCACACCUGGACUUUAUGCCAUGGUGGGAGCGGCUGCAUGUCUUGGUGGUGUGACCAGAAUGACGGUAUCUUUAGUGGUCAUCAUGUUUGAGCUGACGGGUGGUCUGGAGUAUAUUGUUCCUUUGAUGGCUGCUGCUGUCACCAGUAAGUGGGUGGCAGACGCGUUUGGAAAGGAGGGCAUUUAUGAGUCGCACAUCCAACUGAAUGGGUAUCCCUACUUGGAUGUCCGGGACGAGUUCACACAUCGUACACUUGCUGCUGACGUGAUGCGGCCACGGCGCAGUGACCCGCCACUAGCCUUGCUGACGCAGGACGCCACCACACUGGAGGAUGUGGAGACACUGAUCAAAGACACAGACUACAAUGGAUUCCCUGUUGUCGUGUCGCGAGAGUCUGAGAGAUUGAUUGGCUUUGUUCAGCGUCGUGACCUGACGCUGGCUGUCAAGAACGCCCGUCGUCAGCAGGAGGGCGUGGUCAGCAGCUCGGUAGUUUACUUUACAGAGGAUGCACCACAGCUGCCACCCACUGACCCACAGCCCCUGAAGCUGCGCCGCAUCCUCAACCUGAGCCCCUUCACCGUCACUGACCACACACCCAUGGAGACUGUUGUGGAUAUUUUCCGUAAAUUGGGCUUACGCCAGUGUCUAGUGACACGCAGCGGACGUCUACUGGGCAUUAUCACAAAGAAGGACGUGCUUCGUCACAUGGCCCAGAUGAUGAACCAGGACCCUGAAUCCAUCAUGUUUAACUAGUCCAGAUCACCACACUCAGACUCCAGCCUCUCAUGCUGAACCAACGUCCUGAUAAUGCAGCUGGUCCAGUGUCAAGCCCCGCCUACUGCAGUCACUGAUCUCGCCUGUAAUGGUGUCAAGACGUUCUCUGUGCCACACUACUAACAACAAACUGUGUCUAUCUUAACUGGAACCCUCAUUUCUAUCACCUGCCUCUUCCAACACAAUGAUUUUACUAAUUUAGUUUGCUGCUAUGUUAUCCAAGUGAAUGAAAGUGGCCGUGCUGACUUUCAUCACACUCAGUAGAAUAACAGCUCAUGAUGUGAAGGACAGGACAUGAACCGUCAACAUUUAGAAAGAGAAACAAUCAGUGGCAAUGGCUUCUAGUGAAGGACUGAAUUUAACACUACAUUUGACUAAUUUAUGAAGUUUAUUUAUUAUCAUGUAAAUAAACGUGUUUAUUAUUGUGGAAUAUUUUGAAUGUAUUUAAAUGGUUCUGUGUCAGGUAUCCCUUUUGUGGGUUUGUUUUGUUUUUUUCCUUACACUGAGACUGGCAUUUUUCCUUUUAAAAAUCAUUCAAUGUGAAUAAAUAAAUAUACAUUUAAUUGUG